AUGGUCGUCGAUGGCGCCGAGUCGCCAUGGUUGAGCCAAGGCGUCGACUCGCGCAUGAACAUGAACUUUUCUCUCGAGAAUCUCAGUGCUGUGUGGAAUUACUAUGACGAGCAACGCCAAGUGUUUUCGUGGCUUUUGCGUUUUUACGACAAAUCGUCGUACCAUCAUUUCCAAGAGUCUUUCUCGCAUUUGCUUUGGGAAACUCUGCAUGAAGAGCGCUGGGGCAAGGGGUCGAAUGUCGACAAGCAGUAUGUCGAGCAGGCAUACGAGCAGGAUGUGGCCAUGACCGACGAAGAAGGUGAGCCGCAUCACAGCACUCUGCUGUCUCCGCGACACACGUCAGCGCUUAGUGAUGACGAGGAUGGUGAUGCAGAUGCCGUCGAGGCUCAACUCGAUCCGAUGGAUGAAGACGAUGAUGAAUACAAUGAUGCCACUGAUGAGGACGAUGUCGAAGCUGCCACACAGGCUGAUGAUGCGCCUGUGAUGCCUGACAUGGGUGGCGAGCGCAACUCGGCUUUGGCCGUCGGAUACAAGUCGGACAGGGCGUUUGUCGUACGUGGCGACAAGAUUGGCGUGUUUAAGCACACAGAUGACGACACCCUCGAGUUUUCCACAGCCAUCAAUCGGAUUAGCACGCCCCAGGGACGCUCCUUUGCGCCUAAGCGUGUCAUGCUCCAUGAUCAAGACACAGACAUGGUGCUGAUGGAUCCAAAAAACCAGCAUGCACUUUAUCGCAUGGAUCUGGAGUAUGGCAAGGUUGUGGAAGAAUGGCAUGUGCAUGAUGAUGUGCCAGUGAACAACAUUUUGCCGUCAAGUAAAUAUGCGCAGAUGACGUCUGAGAAGACAUUUAUUGGCACAUCACGAAACGGCGUGUUCCGCAUCGAUCCGCGCCUUCGUGACCAGACGCUCGUCGACUCUCAAUUCAAGCUGUACACGACGAAGCAUGACUUUAGUGCCGCAGCAACGGAUGCAAAAGGCCGCCUAGCCGUCGCAUCAAACAAAGGUGACCUGCGCCUGUUUGACCAGAUUGGCAAGAAUGCAAAAACCGCGCUUCCUGCGCUUGGUGAUCCCAUCAUUGGUGUUGAUGUGUCUGCGGACGGCCGCUGGGUUAUCGCCACUUGCCGCACGUACUUACUGCUGAUCGACACACUCAUCAACGAUGGCCGCUUCCAAGGCCAGCUCGGGUUUGACCGCAGCUUCCCUGCCGACUCUCGUCCCUUACCGCGCCGCUUGCAGUUGCGGCCGCAUCAUGUGGCGUACAUGGAGUCGGAGGUGCAUUUCACACCUGCGCAUUUCAAUACAGGCUCCGAUGCAGAGACGUCGAUCGUCACAUCGACAGGCAAUUACGUCGUUUCGUGGUCUUUUGAGGCUGUAAAGAAGGGCAAUCCUUAUGCUUAUGUGUUGAAGCGGUAUGGCGGCACAGUUGUGCGUGACGAUUACACCUACGGCUCCGAUCAGUCGAUUGUUGUGGCAUUUGAAGAUGAUGUUCAACUCGCUAAGCGAGCUCAGCUACGCAAGCCAACUCGCGCAUCCUUGGCUCCAGGGACCGUGCAGGCUCGAUCCAGCACCGGCAAGCCACGUCGUCUGACCAGGGCAUAA